AUGCCCGACUCCGGCCUGCUGGGCUACCGGCCCCUGCCCGAAUACGGGACCGCAGCCUCGGCACGUGGAAGGAGGUCCCCUCCAUCGGCCACCUGGACCAUCUCCAACAGGAGACUUUAUUUCGCCGUGGCGGUGCUGUGCUACAUUAACAUGCUAAACUACAUGAACUGGUUUCUCGUGGCAGGGGUCCUCUUGGACAUCCAGAAGUACUUCCAGAUCAGCGACAAGAAUGCGGGCUCGCUGCAGACCGUGUUCAUCUGCAGCUUGUUGGUGGCCGCACCGCUGUUUGGCUUCCUGGGCGACCGCCACAACCGCAAGCGAAUCCUGAGCUGCGGCAUCGUCCUGUGGUCCUGUGCCAGCCUCGCCGGAUCCUUCGUCUCCGAAUGCUGCUCUUGGCUGUUCUUCCUGUCGCGAGGAGUGGUGGGGGUUGGGGCGGCGAGCUACUCCACCCUGGCGCCCACCAUCAUCGGGGAUCUCUUCGUCGAGGAUAAGAGGACCUGGGUGCUGUCCGUCUUCUACAUCUUCAUCCCCGUCGGAAGUGGAAUGGGGUACAUCUUGGGCUCCACGGUGGCCCAGGCCAAGGAAGAUUGGCGCUGGGCCUUUAGGAUCAUGCCAUCCCUGGAGGUGGUGGCUUUGGUCCUUCUGCUCCUGGUGGUACCGGACCCUCCCCGCGGGGCAGCAGAGAAGGGGAGGGGGCCCAGCCCUUCCCACAGCUCCUGGAUGCAGGACAUCAAGUACCUGGGCCGCAACUGGAGUUUCAUCUGGUCCUCCCUCGGCGUGACCGCGAUGGGCUUCGUGUCCGGCGCCCUGGGCUUCUGGGGGCCGCGGUUUCUGUACCAGGCCCGUUUGUUCCUCGGCCUGGAGCCCCCCUGCCUCCAGACGCACUGCGACUCCUCAGACAGCCUGAUUUUUGGGGGGCUGGCCAUCGGGACCGGAAUCGUCGGGGUGAUCCUGGGGGCCCAGGUGGCCCGCUACUUCAGGAAGUUCAGCCCCAAGGCGGAUUCGCUCCUCUGCGCCUCGAGCCUGCUGGCGGCCUCCCCCUGCCUCCUCUUGGCCAUCUUCUUCGCCUCCAAAAGCGUCGUGGUCACUUACAUCUGCCUCGGCUUGGGAGAACUCCUUCUGUCCUUUAACUGGGCCGUCGUGACCGACAUCCUGCUGUCGGUGGUGGAAGCCAGCCGGCGUGGGACGGCCGAGGCCCUGCAGAUCUCAGUGUGCCACCUCCUAGGAGAUGCCGGGAGCCCCUACCUCAUCGGACUCAUUUCCAGCGCCAUUCAGCAGCACCAAGCGGAUUCCUUCCUGGGAGCCGUCCGGAGUCUGCAGUCCAGCUUCAUCGUCUGCGUCUUUGUGACCGCCCUGGGCGGCGGCUUCUUCUUCCUGACCGCCCUGCAUGUGGAGGCCGACCAGAGGGCUGCCCGCAGCAGGCUCGACUCAGGGAACGAGGAUGAAGAGGGCAGGGAGAACCCACCUUUCCUUUCACCCGGAGAGGAUCGAGAGGCCUUGUCGGCAGCCGGGCCCUGAGCGAGAGCCCCCUCCCAUCC